CGUUGUUCAAGGUCCACUGAGAUAACGCAACCUCUGAGCUGACGUCGAGAGGUCUUGGGUUACCACACAACCCUAUCUCGUUACCUUUCCACAGGUAUCAGCAGCUGAGCCAGUCACUACAUGGAUUUGCAGAGUGACCGGAGCUGACGGAAAGGAAAGUGGAAGAGAGCUCUGAAAAAAAGAAGAAAGAAAACGCGGCCACAGCAGAACAAAAAAAAGGGAAAGAAAGAAGGAUGAGUUGGAGUGGUCGACUAUUUUUCGCUUGGGUCUGCCUGGUGGCUUGGGUGGCGGAGUGCUCCGGCUUGUCUGUGCUGUACUGGUCGGCCUACGUGAGCGUGACCAGGGGUAACCUCACCACUGGCCCAGGGGAGUAUGGUCUGUACGGAAGGUACUCACCCCUGGACAGAGAGAGCGGCCUGGUGGUCCUGCCGAACGAGGACCCCCUGGGGUGUAACCACACCACCUACAACAUCACCCAGACGCCGUGGAUCGCCCUCAUCAGACGAGGGAACUGCUAUUUCCAGGACAAGAUCGACAUUGCCAAGAGGCACAACGCUUCCGCAGUGGUCAUCUACAACAUUGAUGGCACAGGCAGUGAGAUCAGUAACAUGGAACUCACAGGCACUAUAGACAUCGUUGCAGUCAUGAUUGGCAAUAUAUUCGGCAAGAACAUCACCAGUCUGGUCCAGGCAGGAGAAGAGGUCUUUAUCACCAUAAACCCUCACGGGUUCUGGUCAACCCCCAUCUGGAUCUACAUCAUGUCCUUCAGCUUCUUCGCAGUCACCGCUGUGACCCUGGCCUACUUCACCAUCCUCACCGUUAAGAGGAUCCACCAUUACAUGACACUGAGGAGAGAGCAGAGGCUUCUGAAAUCUGUGGCCCAGAGAGCGAUCAAGAAGUUACAGGUUCGAACUCUGAGGAAAGGAGAUGAGGAGGUGGGGUCGGACAACCACACCUGUGCUGUUUGCAUAGAGGGCUACAAGCAUGGGGAAGUGGUGCUGGUCCUAACCUGCAGUCACUUCUUCCACAAGUCCUGCAUUGAGCCGUGGCUGCUGGAGCAUCGCACCUGUCCCAUGUGUAAAUGCAACAUUCUGGGAGUGAAGACAGUGGAUGAGGAGGUCAGUUCAGGGGCCACCUCGUCACCACUAGAUGUCAGGUUUUACCCAGAGUCAGGGCCAGGCGCUCUUUUCGACACCCUGGACGAGGUGUCGUUGGCAGACCCGGAGGAGAACAGCCCACCAGCACCAGAGACACGGCAGGCACUGAGCCUGGAUGGACCAAAGCCGUGGCCACACCAGGACAAAGACCAGUUUCACGACAACCCUGCUUUUGAAGGGGACACAAACCACAUGGAUUUAAAAUGAAGUGGAAUUAAUGUAUUGUGCCGCUGGUGUGGGGGGGUGGGGGUGGGGGGGUCAGUACUAAAUGUUGAUUGUAAAAGGGAAAUGUUCCAAAUCAAGACUGAUCUAUGAAAAGAUUUGCACUUUUAAGACUAAGGUCUUUGUAGUUCACAUGUUGGUUUGGUUUGAUUAUCAGCCCAUACUGUUUCUUCAAAUGAGUUAUUUUCCUGUUUAAAUGUGUUACAGAUUCUGAGAAUCUACAGAUUACCUGUAUAAAUCCGUGGAGUAUUCCAUACAAUUUGAAGUUACAUAGACACAUAGACUUGAUAAUAUAUGAAAUCCAAAAUAAAGAAAUGGAAAACAAGGAA